AUGGAGGUACCAACGGUAGAGGAUUCUAUGGAGAUGGCCUCCCCUUAUCAAGGGCAGGCUGACGACUUUGAUAUCGACAUUGAUCUCAUGGAAGACCAUGUCUCGAACAUGGACAGCGAGAUGAUGGGUGCUGACGACUAUCCCGAGACGUCUCAUGCCUCUCUGUUUGCCACUGAAGCAAAUGGUGAUGCGGACAUGGCUGAUGGGUUGUCUGAAGGAUCAAUGGUUGAUGCAGACUUGGUCGACCAAGAUCAGGAUGUCGACAUCCAGUUUGAAGAAACGACUUAUGAAGCCGACAUGCUGGAAGAUGACCAUGUCGAGGUGAUCUCUGUUCCCGGUCCCUCGAUUCAGGUUGAGUCGCACUCAGACACCAUCGAGGAGCACCAUGGUCCAAGUGACGUCCCUGCACAUGCCGUAGAUGUGCAGGCAGUCCCAGCCCAGGAGGGCUCAGACAAUGUUCUUUCAGUGUCGGAACCGAUAGAAAAUGAACUUGCGAAGGUUCAACCCGGGCCACAAUCACAAGAAGAAGCACAUGCCCCCGAGGAAGGGCCGCUUGAACCUGCGGAUGAUGUUGAACGUGACAAGGCCUCUGAGGGAUCUGCUGACUACCACAAAUCGGAGUCACACGUCCUUGAAGACGAUGCUCAGGGUGAUCCAUCGGUUGCCAAUGAUGAUCAACAGGGGGCGAACGUCUUGCUUGAAGAUACUGUCCAAGUUGACGUCGCGGCGAAUGAGAAAGAAGACCAAGUAGAAGUGGGAAAUACAGAUGCGAAUGCACCCGCUUCCCAAACCGAAGCAGAGAGGGCAGCUAUGACCAAUGAUCAGGUUGAGGUUGGAGACGAAGUCGAUCUCUCGGUGGAAGCUGGCAUCACAGAAGAAGUGGAAGUCGCAGAUGAAUCUGGAAGAAGCAGUACGCAUGAGACUGGGACUACUACCGCCCAAGAGCCUGAAGAUCAGAACAGCCUCGAUGAGGAAGAGUCUCUGCAUCCUGUAAAGGUGCUUUACCAAGAUGCCGAGAUCUCUCUAUUCCCUCCUUUGGAAGGAGACUCAUCCGAGACCUUUUUCCUACACGACGAAGAAAUCGCAUACGAGCAUAUUGGGAAACUUUUCAAAUCCCUACGUGAGGUGUUGUUGGACAAUGUGGCGGAGAAUGAGGUUCUCGUCAUCGAUAUCGACUCACUUGGUAUCCAGUUAACAGAGGACUCCUCACACAUGUCCAGCUUAACAUUACAUCGGAUUCUGAACGUCUACCUUCGUCUAUGUCACAAUGAUGGCAACAGCGAGCCGGAAGCCUUUUACUUAACCCUGAGCACUAGAUUGGCCGUUUCUUCCGAGCUCGCGGCGCUUGAAGCUGCCGCCGGCGAAGGCAAAGGUCUGUCUCAAAUUCACCCGUGGAGUGAAUACGAAGACGGAGAGGAUGGGGAGGAUGGUCACGCUCCUGAGGCCACGGAUGGUCCAGUGGACCAGAUGCCUAGGGAUCAAGACCGUCAUCACUCCUCCCAUGUCGGGGAGACUCCAUCUGAGCCAGUGGCACCCGCGACCACUGCUGAACAGAAUCUGCAGGAUACUGUGCAUGUGGAGGAGCCACGUGCGGUUGAAGAUGUUCUCCAGCACACAUCUGGGGACCAAAGCAACGGUCUCGGUGAGCCUGGGACGUCUACUACCGCGAAGAGAGAAGUAGAUGAAGCGGGCCUUGUCCGUGACCUAACAGCUACUGUGGCGGACGUUGAUGACUCACGUGAGGAGGAAUACGAUUCCGAGGCUCGCAAGACGGAGUCGACUUCAACCCUGAUGGCUGCACCGGAUGAGAUCGGGGAGACGGAAUCCACUGGUGACUCCCCUCAUGAGAUCGAAGAACAAUUUCCAGAUGAGCAUGAAGAGAACUUUGACCACGGUGAUGAGCAUGUAGAUGACGUGGAAAAUCUCCAUGAUCCUCAGCUAUCUGAGCAAGUGAAUCUGUCUACCUUCGAUGAGGGAGGACGCCAAGAUGCUCAUGGCGAAGAUGGUGACGGGGACCUCGAUCACAAUGCCGAGGUCGACGCCAAGGUCCAUGUGGUUGAUUUCGCUGCCGUUGAUGGGGAUAGCGUUCACGCUGGCGAGGAUGACCCAGCACUGGUGGAUCAGAAUGCUAGCGCCGAUACGCUGCAUGAUGAUAUUGAUGAUCAGUCUGGCGACCAGUCAGAGUCUACUGUACAGGCGCCUUCGAAUGAGACGCUUGGGUCUGCUGCCAGCCCCGAACACAAGCAACCUGAGGUGACCGCGGACCCUCUGAAAGCACAUGCCGAAGAGUUCGAGGAAAGCCCUGACGAGGAAAAUGGAGACUCGAAGUCAGAGCACGAACACUAUCAAUUCGGAACGUCAACGAAUGACGUAGACGUGGGUGAACAUGAUGAUGCCGACCACGGCGACGGUGACGACAAUGAAGACGAUCAUGAUAUUCUUGUUUUUACCGAGCACAUUGAGGUUGGCGAGGAAGAUUCAGCAUCAACCGAUCCCCAAGUCCCUGACAAAUCAACCAAAAGGUCCCGCGAGGAGGAGGAUGAAUGGGGCUUUGAGGAGAGUUCGGGCCUCGAUACCAAGCGUCGCCGUCCCUCAUGA